GGUGAUGCAGGGUACAAAGCUGAAGAAACCAGCCCUAAUCUGAGCAGACAAGUACCACCUGCACGACAAAAAGGAGUUGGAGAUCAGGUUAUAGCUGAACAGGAGAACCUGUCUCUGAUGGAAACAGGUCGUAACAGUGAGGUACGUGCUCUAUGGUACAACACUGCAGCCAAUCAGCGUCCAGAGAUGACAUUAUUACCACAAGGUAGCCAUAGUCGCAAGCAGCGCCAGCCAAUCCGGCUCCAGAUGGCAGAUGGAAGUCAAGUAACCAUCAAGGAAGAAGAUGAUGAUCUCCUUUACUGUGGGGAGAGCAUUUCCAAUGCAACUGUCUCCGAUCAAGGUGCUGAGCACAUCAACCAAGGUGAGCAAACUGAGGAUAUCUCUGAGACAAAUGCUUUUGAUCCCAACCAAAGCACAAUGGGGGAUCAAAGAGAUUCUGCCAAUCAUUUGAGUUUGAGUGGCAAAGGGGACGAGUUGGAAUUUUUCAAUGCUAGUGAUCUCUUACCUGAAGAACUGAAGUCAUUUUGGCAUGGAGAGAAAGAGGAGAAGGAACCCUCCUUACCACAAAACCGAAAAGCAGACUGCAAGUCCCAACUUGAUACAUCGUACCAACGGCCUUCAACGUUCAUGCAAGACUUCCUUCCAGCAUCGACUGUGCAGAACAAUCCACGAAACCAGGGCUGCUCUGUGCAAUAUGAUGUUCAGGGAGAUAGCAAUGCGGCCAGCACUGCCAGUCACCGGAACCUCUUCCAGAUGAACCUUCCUCAGUCACCUCAUCUUCCAGCUUUGCCAUCCACCUCACAGACAUGUAUGCCCAGCAUUUCAGCUCAGCCAUCUUGCCAAAAUCCCCCUGUGUUCCUGGAUGGAGGCCAGACAGUUUCAGCUACCCCUCAGGCCAGUCACAGUUCCAGUGAAACUGAAAAGAAGCCGUAUGGAUGUGCACAGUGUGGGAAGACAUUCAGUUCCAGACAGAAUUACGCUAAGCACAUGUUUGUCCACACAGGUGAGAAACCCCAUCAAUGCAGCGUGUGUUGGAGGUCAUUCUCGCUUAGGGACUACUUGAUAAAGCAUAUGGUCACACAUACAGGAGUGCGAGCGUACCAGUGCCCGGUGUGCAAUAAACGUUUCACACAAAAGAGCUCGUUGAAUGUGCACAUGCGGCUGCAUCGUGGCGAGAAGGCCUUCGAAUGUCACGUGUGUAACAAGCGUUUCUCUCACAAGACUUUGCUGGAAAGGCACAUGGCCACCCAUAUUAUAUAAACACACAUGUGCAAGGCUGAACCAAGUAAAUCCCACACAUGCUGGACCUACCUGGGUUAAUAUGCCUUGAGCAGACCCAUAUCGUGCACACAGGAGGUUUUAGCCAGAGUUAUAAACCAGUUACAUAGCAACCGUGUAAACACAGGAUGUGGCAGUGGUGAAUGCAGUAGAAGCCACAACCCACCCACCCAUCCACCACCACCACCACACACACACACAUACAAAACGACCACCCCCUCCCCAACCAAAUUAGACACAUUGUUCAAUGAAUGCACCAUUAGGUCAACAGACAGCAGAAUGAGCCAGUUUAAUUUCCAGUCUGUGUUGAGGUAAAUAAUCUCAUCUGGUCAAGAUACCAAAGUUGGUAUCCACACCCAUGGGAGCAGAACUAGCCAUAGGAACACUAGUUCCUAUGUGUUAAGUUUGGACAUGAUCAGGUUUGAUUGUCAUGGUGAAAUGUUGUACAGAUGUUUUCAGCCCAGGCUUAUGUUGGGGCGGGGGUGGGGAUUGAAGGAUGAGGAGGGAAGGAGCAACACGUGGGUUGGGUAAACAUCCUGCAAAUCCAUUUCCAAAAAAAUGGUUGAAUGAAAUUGUUAAAUUAUACUUUGGAAUUUGACAAAAGCUCAUUGAUCAGUGAAGCAAAACUAACAGCAGACGGAUCUCAGCGUUUAUGAGUUUGCAAACAGCAGUCCUGAUGAUUUGCUCUAGUUUUAUAUCUUGUUAUGACAGCUCUUCACACUAAAUCAAGCUCAAGUUACAUUAUUUAAUGAAUUAAAUAAUAAUUGGAACAGCCAGCAAAACCAGCAAUGCCUUAAUAUUUUAAACGUUGCAUGAAAUCUUUACUUCUUUGUUAAUGAAUAAGCUAGAGUGUGGUGCUCUGACGUGUUUGGGGAAUUACUAUUGAGAGUAUAUUCCAAACAGAUUUCUGCUCACUCCCACUUACCAUUUUCACCCUCUUCCCGAUUUGGGUUAAAGUCGAAUCAGUUUCUGGUGCAGUGUUUAGAAAACUUUCUGGUCUGAGAAAGCACAGACCUGUGACCCCCCUCUCCUUCUCACCCCCCACCCAACUCCUUCUGUACACACAUCUCUCACACCAGUAGUUUCACAGUAAUCACAUUCAGCAGAUUCCCCAGUGUCCCAGGCAUUUCCUUGUGUUAAUAAAGCAUGCUUCAUUUGCAGAGCAGGGAUGGACUCCCUCUGCUCCUUUGUCCCUCCCUGGUGGAUGUUUCAAGGUUCUGCUUCUGGAAAGGAGGAAGAGUACUUGCUCGCAAUCCAGUACUGGGAAGAUCCAAUCAGUAAUCUUUGGUAAUAGGCAGCUUAUUUUAGUGUGUUCCUAGCCUGUUUACCUAGCUGACGCUACAUUUUCUAAAGAGGCCAGGGAGUCCAGCUUAUCACUGGCCUUGUAGUCUGACAAUGCAAACCUUCAGAGCUGAGCAGUAAUCCUGUGGAUGGCCACACUGAUUUUUGGUGUGUUAGUGAAAGGCAAGUCAGCUUGUGUUCCUGCUCCUGAUCAUUAGUCAAAUACCUUGAUUGGAGUUGUAAAUGUGGAGACAUUUAAUGAGGCCAGACUCCAGAUUGCCUAUGUUUCUUUCCCUUUCCUCUAGCAUUUAUUGUUCAAGUCAGUAGAUGGAGGCACUGAGAAACGCAUAGUCAAUGCCUGAUGUUCUGGAAGUCUUGAGUGUGGUGCUGGAAAGACACAGCAGAUCAGGCAGCAUCCGGGGAACAGGAAAAUUGAUGUUUUGGGCAAAAGCCCUU